GACCGAGGGGCUCGUUCGGCCUCUGCGGUCUGGCCGCAUGCCAAGUAGCUCGAAGCACAGAGCCAUGGCAUGUCUUAUGCUGGGAUUGGGAGCAGCAGCAGUUACUCUGAUUUUCAGGGAUGGGAAUGGAACGCAGGAUCCUGUUUCCGAUACGAUGGACAAGAACAGUGAACAGUUCAAGCGUAUGUUCCGAGGAAGCGUCGACUUCGAAGACUAUCCUACAUGGACGAAAACCGUGGAUCAAAUCAAUGAAGUGGGCAAAGUCAACCACGGUGUUUGGACUUAUUACAAGGGCCCUCCGUUCUUGCAGAGAGUCACUAUGUACUCGGGCAAUGACGUGGACAUUACUAGAGCGGGGAAUUUGAUCAGGAAAGUCCUUGGACUGCCAAAGAACUUUGGAAAGUGGGAGGGGAGCAGCUACAUCGAGAACUUUGGUACACAACAGAUGAGAUUUUUGCAAAGCAAUAGACACUCGGUCUUAGUUAUUCCUCCCCUCUCCGAAGGAAAUCGUCCCAUUUUGAGCGAUGAGGCGAAAGCAAGACUUCGCCACUACAUUUCUGUUGGGCACAAUACUCUCAUCAUUUGUGGAGGACCUGCCAACGUGGACUUCAUCAACUCCAACUUGUUGCCACAAGAUGGUGGUACGCUCUUGGAGCAAGCGUGGACAAGGGGUCCAUAUGAAAAGCAAGAAGCUGCGAUCGGGACUCCUUUUCAGACUCUUCCAGUCACGCUUCCCAAUGACAUGAAUCAUGCACAUGGAGUGCGCCUGUCUUCUCUACCGAUGGAUGCUGUAAGCUACUUCGAGACAGCAGGGGUCAGCGUUGUUUUCGGCAUGAAAUUUGGCAGUGGACAAGCUCUAUUCCUUGGUUUUGAUUUCUCAUUACUUUCUAAACCAUGGAUCAAGACUCUUAUUGCGGGGAUGGAGUUUGCUUCAUAAAGGGUUUUAUUUGUACGAAUAAAUGUGGGGAUCUGUGG